UAAAAACAUCUCUCAGUAUAAGUAGACUGGGUAGUUUCCAUUCUGUGAUAUUCAUUACGUCUUGUCCUCUGGUCAGUUAGGGCUACAAAAUGGAAAGUAAUAUGUUCACUUUCCAGCCAGGUAACAAGCCAUUCAUAGUCGGGUCAUUGAUCGUGUUUCACCUGGUUUCCCUCUUUGCCCCCUUCUGCUUCAGUUGGGGUGCUUUUGGGCUCUGGCUCGGGCUCUACGUCCUCACCGGCCUCGGAAUAACCCUCUCUUAUCACCGGAAUCUGUGUCACAAGAGUUUCAAGCUCCCCAAAUGGCUCGAGUAUUUCUUUGCUUAUUUGGCCGUUCAUGCUCUUCAGGGGGACCCAAUCGGCUGGGUGAGUAACCAUAGAUAUCAUCACCGGUACACCGAUACUAGUAAAGAUCCUCACAGUCCCAUUCAAGGAUUUUGGUACAGUCACAUGGGAUGGCUUUACGACUCCAAAUCAGCAAAAGAAAGGAGUGCAAUGCCAACAAAUGUGGCGGAUUUGGAAAAUCAGUUCUUCUAUAGAUUCAUUCAGAAAACCUACAAUAUCCAUCCUAUUAUACUUGGAUCAGUUUUGUUUGUCUUCGGCGGAUUUCCUUACAUAGUUUGGGGCCUGGCUCUAAGAGUUGUGUUAUUCAACCACGCAACCUUUUUUGUAAAUUCUGCGUGUCACUUGUGGGGAAAUCAAGCAUGGAACACUGGAGAUCUAUCUCGAAAUAAUUGGUGGGUGGCGUUGAUUGCAUUUGGAGAAGGUUGGCAUAACAAUCAUCAUGCCUUUGAGUAUUCGGCUCGACACGGUCUACAAUGGUGGCAACUUGACAUAACUUGGUGCCUGAUUUGGACACUCCAAAAACUUGGGUUUGCAACAAAUGUGAAACUGCCUUCAGAUGCUCAGAAGAAAAGGAUGGCAUUGAUCCCCAACAACGACAUCUCCAAACCAUGACAAAUGUGAAAUAUUUCAUGCAUAUAAGCAUAUUUUGUAUUGGUUCUAUGCUUAUAUGUAACACCCCAAUGACAUGUUAAAAUUAUCCAAACUUCUAUUCAAUAAUUUAAAUAAAAGAUACUAUUUUAUCUUAGUGUAAUAUGUUAGAAAGAAUGGUCAUUUUACUUAUUAGUAAAUGAAU